GACGCUUCGUAAAGCAGACUCAUUUGGUUUUCAGUCACGUAUUCUUGAUCAUUCUUGAUUCGUCAGUUCGUUUAUAGAUCGUUCCUACGCUCGUAAUCUCACGCACAGAGACACUUUGCGAUAUGUAUCAAGUUAAUAAAUCUCGUUCAGAUGAUUAACAAUUAUCACGAUGACACCGUGAAACGAAUAAACCGAACGAACAGGUGUAUUAAAAUAAAAAAAGAUAGAUCUCACGGUGCGAGGUUGUCAAAGAGACAUCGUCGUCGAAUCAAUUAUUAAAGAAUCAGACUCAAUUAAAAGGCUUGAGCAACAAUUGCUACGAUGACCGCCGCAUACACGAACGAUCUUAUAACCCAGGAACAGCACGCGGAGAAGAAGAUGAGCACGAUGAUUAAUAAAGCGCUGUGCGACCAAACUAAAGAGCGAACAACGGACGAGGAGAACACCGAAAUCUGUUCUGUGGAAAAGACGAAGCUCACAACAGGUGGCCAGGAUCAAAAGGAAAUCCCCGUUAAUCCCGAAGAAUCGUCGUCUUCCGCAUCGAUUAAUAGAUUGAUCCGCGACAAACAAAAUGACGAAGUCGCUUCGAAAUGCAAGACACUUGCUGCCACGGAAGCGACGGAAAUAUCGGAGAAAAAUGAAAAUACCGUAACUAUAGACGACAAAGAAGACGCGAUCGUAGAGUCAGCCGGAAUCGAAAAUAACGAUGUGCCAGUAGACAGUGAAUCAAUCGUUGCGAGUUCGGUGAAUUUUGACACGACGGUAUCACCAUCAGGCCUCGAUGUGCAUCUUAGUGAAAGUGAUGCUGAAAACACGAUCCCAGAAACACGUGGAAACGAUUCUCCGACGAAGAAUAUUUUUCAAAUGCAAGAAUUACAAAAUUGCAUCAAGUCCGUUGUUACGAAAGGCGCAAAUGUUUCAAGUAAUCAUCAUGACAUUUCUAACGGGUUGCUCGAAGCAGCGGACUUUCGAAAUAUCUCCGAAGAAACGUACGAUCCGGAAAGUGAACUGAAUUUUCACGAGGCUGUACGUGCCGGAGACGCUAAGUGCGUCGCGGCGCUUCUUGCAAGGGACUCGAUACAAAACCUGGACGAACCGGAUUGGAAUGUUUCAGGUGAUCCGCCCUUAUUAGUGGCCGCUACCAAUCAUUGUUUGCCUGUUCUCGGUUUACUUCUUGCGAACGGAUGUGAUCCAGCUGUUCGUUCGCCUCGAGGAGAGACGGCGCUUCACAGGGUGAUCUCAAAUGGAGGGCCAGGAAAUGUAUUGCAAUUUGUCGGAGAACUGCUGAAAUAUGGUUGUCCAUCGGGCGUUAAAGAAGCCGGCGGCGGAUUGACCGCGUUACACAUAUUAACGCGGCAAUUAGCGCACGCACAAGGAUCAAAAAACCUUCAUCAUAAUUUCGAAGCGGCACUGAAAACUCUCGAUUUAUUAGCACGUGCUGGCCCUGUUAACGCGAAAGAUCAUCAAGGCCGUAGCGCACUUCACAUUUUAGCCUCUUCAACAAUCUUUGAUAAUAAUCACAGAACGGAAAUUGAAUCAUUAAUUGGAAUUUUAUUAGCUGCCGGUGCUGAUCCAUCGUUGAAGAAUGACCGUGGGGAAACUCCUUUACACGAAUGUCUAGAGUGUGGUGCUUUGAACACAGCGCUUUUACUAGUACCGCAUACUUUAACUGGUCUUAUGUCACGUUAUGGUGAGACACCGUUACACAUUGCCUGUAGAAAGAACUACCCCGAUAUGGUGGCAAAAUUAUUAGAACAAGGAGAAGAUCCUAGUGUACAAGAUGCCGGUGGCAAUACGCCAUUGCAUUUAGCUUCAGCGAGGGGAUUCCAUCAAAUAGUUUCUUUAUUAGUUACGUCCCCUCUCGCACAAAUAGAGAAAUGUAAUAGCGAGGGCUUGACCGCCCUCCAAGUAGCCGCAGAAAGUGGUUUUGUUAAUGCAGUGAAACUACUGUUAAAAGCUGGUGCUGAUCCAAGUCAAACGGUCCACUAUUGCACAACUACUUUACAUCGUCAUCCCGAUAUUUCAGUUUUAAUAGAUCACGAAUUAAGUAGACGUCGUCAACUCGCAGCUUGAUUACUUUUUCUAAUACCGUUUCGUUGUGGGAAACGUUUAAUUUUAGUAAAAUUGAUCAAGAAUUUAUUUUUCUAUAAUGUUAAAACAUUCAAUAAAAAUUAAUUCUUACUUGAAACUGUAAAAUUAACUUCUACAUAAAAUAUUAAAUAAUACACGUUCAACUAGAAUUAAUCGAAACUUCAAAUUUGUAAAGGUCAUCCUUUCCACUUGUACUAAUUUCAUAAAUAUUGGUAUAACAAUUAACGUAUUAAAACAUUAUUGUUGACUUUGUAUUUAAUUAAUACGAUUCUUUACGCUGAAUCCUCGAAAUUCUCGAUUACGUUAAAAAAAAAACUUCGCAAAUCUAGGUAGUUCCGAUACUACAAUUUAGAAAAUUUAGAAGAAAAAAAAUAGCUCAAAGUCUGUUAAUUUUGUUUUAUGUUUUGCUUCGUUGUUAAGUUUAGAUGUUAAAAGUAUGUUAUACGUAAGAAAAUAGAAUAAUCUUUUUUCUUUGCAAUACAUCAUUAGAAUGGAUAAAACUUGUUGAAACAACAUCAUGAUCAUGUAGUGUUUAAAACCAAUGAAAAAAAUCAAUUCUUCGUGCGAGAUUUUA